AUGGCAGCCUUCUACACUCUCGCCUCUGCCUUGUUCAUCGUACUAUCCAUCCUCUUCUAUCGUUGGGGCUACCCACGGCCUUACCCUGGCAUUCCUCACAACAAAUCCUCAGCAAAGCGCUUAUGGGGCGACUUACCCGACGUGCUCGCCGCAGUUUCCAAAACACAAGACCCGGCCAAAUAUGUCUUCGCACAAUGCCGCAAUCUCAAAUCUCCAGUCAUUCAGCUCUUUCUCCGGCCCUUCCACCCUCCCAUCAUCUUCGUCGAUGAUGUGCGAGAAGUGAAAGACAUUCUCGGAAUGCGCACGAAGGAAUUCGAUCGCGCACCGAGCACCCAGGCAGUCUUCGCGCCUUUUCUCGCCCAGUCGAGCAUCACGAAGCGCACCACGGUUGAGUGGCGUGCCCAGCGCCGUCUUUGGGAAGGCGUUAUGGGUAAAGACUUCUUGAGACGCGUUGCUGCGCCUAGGAUGUAUACUUGUGCUUCGGAGCUGGUUGAACUGUUAAAAGAAAAAUCGAUUCUGGCUGAUGGCCGUCCAUUCUCGUGCUUUGAGGAUUUUGAUCUUGCUGCUUUCGAUGUAAUCUGGACUGUCAUUUUCGGCGAGAAAUUGCAGGCUGUCGACGGUGAGCGACGAGGAGUAAUUGAGUGUGCGGGGAACAUUGCCCAGCCCGAUUCCAAAGAUGAGCUGGCAAUUUUGCCAGUGUUGCACAAGCCUGAGAUUUACGAAGCUGUUUCUUUUUUUGUCAAAAGUGUCGAGAAGACACUCAAGUCGUUCAAUCAACCCCUUCAUCAUUGGGCGCUGAGGCAAAUGCCGGCCUUUAGGAGGUAUUGGGCUCUCAAGCAGAGACUCGUUUCAGGACUUAUCAAGGACACCCGCGCUCAACUCGCCGCUUUGCCAGAAGAUCAAUUGGACGAAUUCGAAGACAAGUGUGCGAUGGGAUUGGCUCUCCGUCGCGAACGUCUGGCUUACAAUGGAAAGUUUGAAGCUUGUCCUCCAACGACUCAAGAGAUUCAUGAUGAGCUAUUUAUGUUCCUCGUUGCUGGCCACGAGACAAAAGCCGUAACUCUUUCCUGGACGGUCAAAUUCCUCACCAACAACCCAUCCAAGCAGGCCAAAUUACGGACAAUUCUCAAGGAGGCACUAUCAAAUGGCGCGCAAUCUUCUGUAGAAGACAUCUUGAACACGCCCAUCCACUACCUCGAAGCCACCAUGGAAGAAGCAAUUCGCCUUGGCAACAUCCACCCGCGUCUUGUCCGCAUUGCCACCGUCGACACAUCGAUCCUCGGCUACCCGAUCCCAAAAGGUGCUCAAGUGGUCUCUAGUUCAUACGUGGGCGAGAAGCCGCUCGAAAUUCCAGAGGCAGAACGCAGUAAACGAAGCCAGCAAAGCAAGGUCAACUUCCGCAAGUAUCACGAAGAUGGGAUGGACAAAUUUAUGCCAGAGCGGUGGCUUGGCGAAAACGGGGAGUUUGACUCCCAUCAGUAUCCUACACUGGCAUUUUCGGCUGGCCCGAGAGUCUGCUAUGGGAGAGCUUUGGCCCGCCAAGAACUACGUAUCACACUUGUUUUGCUGAUUUUGAACUUCGAAUUUGAGCCCCUACCUGAGAAGUACAACAGCAUGGGGGCGCACCAGAGGAUCCUCAGAGUACCUCAGCAGUGUUAUGUCAGAUUGAAGCCUUGCCAAAACACUUGA